AUGCUCCACGAAAUCCUCCUCUCCCUCUCCGGGCACCCCUCGCCUCUGCUCACCGCCGAGCUCUCCGACACCUCGUCCUCCUCAAUCGCCCUCUCUCCCCCAGAGCGGCAGCUCCUCGCCUCAGCAGCGCAUCUCUCCGAUUUACACAUCAAACUCGCCAAGCACUGCUCGCGCAUUACCGCGUCGCACCCCUCGACAGUCUGCCGCGCCGUUGCCACGGCCAUUCAGUCGGUGCACCUGGCCGCGCUGCGGCGCAAGGUGCUCGAGGUUGAGGCGAGCAUCCUACGGCAUGACGCGGAUCUUGUGGGCGCGUACGGCAUCGUGCCGCUGACGGCCGUCAUGGGGGCCUUUCAGCCAUGGACGCGCCGCCUCGAGUGGCUCUGGGAGGUGGUGCGGUUCCUCGAGGCGCAGGACGCGAGCGGCCGCCUGUGCUGGGGCGCCCGCGCCAUUGACCGCCUGCGCGCCGAGCUGCAGAGCGGCUACCGCGACGUCGAGGAGGCGGCGCUGACGCUCGUCACCGCGGCCGAGACGGCCUGGCUCCGGCAGGUCUCGGCGUGGAUCUUUUACGGCAGGCUGCCGAGCGCCGGCGGCGGCGAGGACUUUUUCGUGCGCCCUGGUGAGAGCUCGGACGAGGACUAUGUGAGCGUCGCGGGCUUGCUCCCGGCGUUUGUGACGCCCGCGACGGCCGGCUCGAUGCUCUUCAUUGGCCGCUCGCUGAACCAGAUUCGCGCCAGGAGCACGACGCUGUCAACGGCGAGCGGCGGCUUCCAUAACACGGCGGCCAAGCUGCAGGCCAUUGCCGACUUGACCUCGCCGCUCAACUCGGCGAGCUUCACCGGCACUAUACGCGACAUCCGGCAGUCGCUAUCACAAGACAUUCUCGAGCAGAUCCUGCCGCUUUCAGAAGUCAUGGCGACCAUGCAGCUGCUCCGCGAAUUUUUCCUCCUCGGUCGGGGCGAGUUCGCCAUGGCCCUUACACAAGAGGCCGACGAGCGCAUCCGCGGUCGCUGGCGCCGCGCCGGCAAUCUCGCGCACGACAAGGACGGCAGCGGCGUCCAAAACGUGACGGUCAAGAGCGGCGAGGUGUCCGCGGCGCUGGCCCGCGUCUGGGCGUCCAUAUCCUCGUAUGACCAGCAGCAGCAGCAGCAGCAAGACAACGACGAUGCGCUGCUCGACCGCGCGCGCGAUUCCCUCCGUCUCCAACUCAUAAAGUCCAAGCCAGAAGCCCCCGCGCAGCACACCCGUCCCGGUCUAAGCGCCGCUGCCGUCGCACGCCUCGCCGACGCGCCCUUCAACGCGCUGCUCUUCUCGGCCCCUGUCACGCUCGCCAUGCGGCUGCCGCCCGCCGUCGACAUGAUGCUCGCCCCGUCCGACAUGCAGCUCUACGGCUGCGUCCACGCGUACCUCGUGGCGCUGCGUCGCGCCCACGUCCGCCUCACCGACCUCUGGAAGCUGACGUCGCUGCGCCGCCACUACCCGGGCCCGCGCGGCGCUGGCGAGUACGCGCAGGAGCUACGCCGGCGCUGGUCCGCCCGCGCGCAGGCUCUCCGCGGCACCUGGUCGACGGCCAGCGCCGCCGUCUUUUUCCUCGGCGAGACAGAGGCCUACUUCCAGACCGAGGUCGUCGCGGGGCUGUGGCGCGGCUUCCGCGCCUGGCUCACCGGCGAGGUCGUUCCCCGACAUGACGUUCAAGACGACACCGCUCCGCCGGCCGACAAAAUGGACAUUAGCGACGACGACGACGACGACCAUGUAGACGCUGAGCCGAUCUCUGUGCCCCCGACCCGUCCCACCACGAGCUCCUCCUUCUCCGCCGCCGCCGCUCCCCGCAGCGCCCGCCACGACCAGCAGACCCUCGCCGCCGGCCACGCCGUCUACCUCGACACGCUCGUGCACCGACUCCUCCUCACCCAAGACGCCUUCACGCGGCCCCUCUACACGCUUCUCGUGCACAUUGACCACCUCGUCGCGCACGUGCACCGCCUCCACGGCAUCUUCACCGCGCUCGACCUAGAAACCGACGCCGGCGUCGUCGACGCCUUCACCGACCUCGCCGCCGAGGAGGCCCAGGUCACGCGGCAGCUGCGCGGCGUGGAGCGCAGCGUCCGCCGGGCCAUUGACGACGUCGUGGCCGCGCUGGAGCGGCUGAGCGUCGACGAGGCCUUUUUGCAGGUGUGGGAGGGAGAGGCCGCCGUGGCGGCGGCGCAGAUGGACGACGAUGGCGGCGGCGCGGCGCCGGGAGAGGCGUACCGCCCGGAGAGAGUGGGCGGGCUGAACAGGUUGCUGAUGCAGCUCAAGUUUGGCAGCUAG